AUGAAGGCGAGGAGCGGAUACGAAGCGUCCGCAGAUGCAGGUAACGUGGAACAAUUGCCUGUAGACUAUGAUGCAGUGCUCCAGGGCCUAUUUUUGUCCUCUAAACCUGGAGCCGAUGUGCCUUCCUCGAACAGUCAGGAAAGUACCUAUGCCUAUGGUGGAAGAACGCUGGCAGAUUUCGAGAAAAACGUCAUUGGCAGCAGAGUAGGCAUUAGUGCCACCAACCUACCAGAUGCUACCAAGAUCCCAAACUGUAGCGUUGCCAGUACGACAAUGGUCAACGGAUACCUGGUCAAUGAACACCCCAUGCCUUCGCGUGCUGUGAGUCACGAGGGCUUUCCCAUGGCCAGCCCUGUGGACUCGCAGACGCAGUGGCAUCAAAACUCGGCGGCUCACCAGCCGCAAAUCCCGGAGACCUUUGCAUCUGACCAAUUGCUCCGCCAAUUUAUUAUUUCCCAACAGACCCGACAGCAGUUUCAGCACUGCCAACAGCAGCUGCAGCAGGACCACCAACUGCAGCUGCAGCAGCUGGAGAGGCUGCAGCACCUACAGCAGGCCAAGCACCGCCAACAGCAGCAGCAGCAGCACCUACAGCAGCCACAGCACCGCCAACAGCAGCAGCAGCAGCACCUACAGCAGCCACAGCACCGCCAACAGCAGCAGCAGCAGCACCUACAGCAGGCCCAGCACCGCCAACAGCAGCAGCAGCAGCACCAACAGCAGCCACAGCACUGCCUACAGCAGCCACAGCACCGCCAACAGCAGCUGCAGCACCUACAGCAGACCCAGCACCAGCACCGCCACCAGCAGCCACAGCACCGCCAAUACAACCGCUAUCAGCAGGCACAACAGCAGUCACCGCAGCAGUCACAGCAGCAGCCAACUGCGUUCCCUUUCCCUGCGUUGAAUAACUCCCAGUCCGUGGAAAGUCCAGCACUGUUGAAUUCAGGUGGCAAAUUUCAGCAGGCUGACUCCUAUGGUGAGUUUGUAUCCACACAGCUGUCUGCAGCCUCACCAGAUACACCACGGCGGCAGCGGCUUGAAGGACCUGAUCGAAUGGCAAUGACUGGCCUCUCGAGCCUGCAGAGCCCGGAAUCGAUCGGGAAGUUUUCCCCGCACGUCCAAGAGUCCAACAGCGUGCAUGCUGUAGGAUUACGAAAUCACACUAAUUCUAUGCCAGCAGCUCCGGACCAUUUCAUGCCCGCUGCUCAUUGUGGCUCAACCAUGUCACAUGGUGCGAGCGGAGGUAUGUUCCCUACAGCGGCGGCACGAGCAGCCAAUAAUCAGCUACCGGCAUAUGGCAAUCCCCUACAGUCCACUGUUGACGCACGUCAUGCUAUCGACGGUUCUACACCAGUGGAACAGGCUAACACGUCACCCUUCGUAUUCUCAUUAGGGAGUGACCAGCGUAUGCGGAUGGGUGUACCAAAUAUGCUGUCUCCACCUCCGUCAUCAAGCGGCUCCAAAGUGGCCAUUCAUAAAUUGCCAGCCAGUGGACAUGACGCCAAUGUAAUGCGUGUAGUAGCUGAAUUAAAAUUGCGGCUGGAGCAAGCCAGGAGCAAUUCGAAUCCGGAGAUACUGAAGGAGUUCUUGUGGGGUCAAUGCAAAGCCCUGAAUGCAUCUGACAGGAAAGCUGUGCUGAACACACUGAGCAAAAGCAGACGGUCGCGCCGCCGCAGCUCAGCAUCACUAGCAGCAUCAGCAGCAGUGACGCCGGUCAGUCGGCAGACCAAGCACAAUCAGGCGGAGGCUGACUGGAGCAGUCUCAACUCGCUCUUUUCGCGAUCAGCACUGCCUGCCGCUCAGCUAGAGCUGCUGCUGCUGCAAGAAAAGCAGCAAAGCACUCCCACCGGCCAGCAUGCAACAGCUUGCCGCCUCUCCGCCGGAGUUGAUCGCAAGGCGAGCAAAUUUAGUGUUGAUCACCACUUGUUGCAAUGUCUUGCAGACAUGUUCAGCGGGCAACCGGAAAAGGACAUAUUUUGUGCCGUAUCACAGGAGCUUCGUCUCUCUCAGCAAGGAUCUGAGGAGAAUGCAAAGAAGCCCACUGAACAAGCAGUGCCGCGACCAACAAGUCUUCCCUUGAGUGCUCAGCACUAG